CGUUGCAUAUUGUGUACACAAGAUUAAACUCAAACUGCAACCGUGAUUAUUCAAUCUUGUUUUGUAAACAAAUUUAUGAAAUUAAAUUAAUAUUGGAAUUGGAAAUGAAUUUUCUUCCUAAAAUAAUGCUUCCCCAAUUGAUUUUCAAAAAAUCCAAAUAUUUAUCAACUAAAAUUCCUUCAUCUCUUGUUUCAAAUAUAAUAUCAACAAGCUCUGGCAUUACUGAUCAAAAUGUUCAAGAUAUUGUUACUAAACAUACUGAUUCAAAUGCUGUGACUGAACACCAUGAUCCAGAUAUGUUUAUUUCUGACAUAAAAGAUCCAUAUGAACUUCCAAAGAAAGUUUGCAUUGCAUGCAAGUAUAAAAUUCCAUUUGAUUAUAAGAAUCCAAGACUACUGAGUCAAUUUAUGUCUUCUUAUACUGGGUUUAUAUAUGAUAAACAUAUAACAGGUCUUUGUACUGCACAGCAAAAGCGCUUAGUAAGUGCUAUCAAGUUAUCUCAAACAUUAGGAUACAUGCCAAUUUUGAUCAAGGCACCACAAUAUCUCAGAGAUCCAAAACUUUUUGAUCCAUUUAAGCCUUCAAGACAUAAUCCUCAUUAGCAAUGUGGCUCAUUGAAAUGUGUUUUGAUAUUGUAUAUAGAGUAGUUUUAAAUUAAAGAAUAAAUGCUUUUGUUAAAAAUA